AUGGUAGUUCAUAUCAAUCGCUCAGAGAACAAACCAGCAGACGCCUUGAGCAAGCUCGCUUCAACGUCUUUUCAACAUCUCGCCAAGGAUGUAAGAAUUGAAGUACUCAAAAACCCGUCGGUUUUGCUGCGACAAGUGGAUGUGAUCGAGAUAGGGCAACCAUCUUGGAUGACCCCUAUCAUCCAGUACUUGAAAGAAGGAAUACUCCCUGAAAACAAAGCGGAAGCUAGAAAGAUACAGAACAAGGCUUUGUUCUAUGAGAUGAACGGUGGAAUAUUGUACCGAAGAUCCUUCUUGGGGCCACUUUUGCGCUGUGUGGACCCCCAAGAUGCAAGUUACUUAAUCAGGGAGAUUCAUGAAGGAAUCUGCGGCAUCCAUGCGGGCCCGCGCAUGGUUGUUGCGAAGAUAAUGAACGCUGGAUAUUACUGGCCAGGGAUGCACGUUGACGCCCUAAAGGAAUUGCACAAAUGCGACUCCUGUCAAAGGAACGCUCCGAAAACCCUGCGCCCAAAAAACGAUUCCAUCCCUGUGUCCAUUGCCUGGCCCUUCCAGCAGUGGGGGAUUGAUAUGGUGGGACCCUUCCCUGAAGCUCCUGGAGCUAUGAAGUUCAUAAUUGUUGCCGUGGAUUAUUUCACAAAAUGGGUGGAGGCCAAAGCACUCGCCUCAACUACUGCAAUGAUGGUGCGCAUGUUCAUUUGGGAACACAUCAUUUGUAGCUUUGGUCUCCCACUCAAUAUCGUAACAGACAAUGGCACGAAUUUUGCUUCUGAAGAUCUCCAAAAAUGGAUGAAGGAGAUUAAUAUUGAGCACACUUUCUCUUCCGUUGCGCACCCUCAAGGCAACGGCCAAGUAGAAAGUGUCAAUAAGAGUAUCGUCGAAGGGAUAAAAGCCCAGGCGGUUAUCCCAGCUGAAAUUGGCCUACCCUCGCCGCGCUUGACAGCAGUCAACACAAUUGAUAACGAGGCAGAGCGCCGUCUUAACUUGGACUUACUCGAAGAAAGGCGCGAAAUAGCGAGAAUCAAAGAAGCCAAGUACAAGACACAGCUAGAGAGGUACUAUAAUGCAAGAGUGCGCAUUUGUACCUUCACUCCAGGAGAAUACGUCUUCAGAGACGAUGAAGCCUCCAAUGCAGAACGCCCUGGGAAGCUAGCACCCAAGUGGGAAGGCCCAUACUUGGUACAUGAAGUGCUAGGAAAAGGGGCAUACAAGCUGCGCACACUGGAUGGAUACAUCAUCCCGCGCACGUGGAACGCGCAACAACUACGCAACUUAACCAAAGUUUCUAACAACAAUGAAAUAAUUGUAACUUGA